UUUUUUUUUUUCUGUUCCGAACACCUUAUUAGAUAGCAAAUUUUUUAAUAAAGUCGAACCGAAUCGGAAAUGGAACCGGUUGGAACCGAAUAGUAGUAUUCGUUUUCUGGUUUUUAGUUCUUAGUUUGAAGCAUCGAAUCUAUAAAAUGAACAGUAUGAUGACCGGUCCGGUUGCGAAAACAUUGUGGUACAUCCAUUUGUUUUGCAUUGGUGAUAUUUUGAUAUACAAGUGAAAAUUAUGGUCGGUUCUCUAAAUUUAUCCUCCCAUUUUGGUGACUGAAAGCGACCAUAAUAACCGUAGCUUAUCGAUGUACCAUUUUAGGAUUAAAAAAAAAAACAAAAAGGAAAUUAGAGAUAGAGGUUGACUAGGUCUAUAUAGUAAUAUAGAGAACUAGAGAAUCAUCAAUACUUCAGAUUUUGCGUCUCAACCUUCAACCCUCAUUCAACCUUUUCUGCCCUUCAGUUCGUUUGUUCUCCCCUCCCUCUUUUUUUGGUCUCAGAUUUACUUGAUAAAAACAAACAUCAUGUCUUCUUCAUCUUCCUACGAAGACUUUGCUCACUUAAAAAUCCCAUUUAAAGAGAUAGUAUCCGCCACCAACAACUUUUCUGAUGCAAAUCUUAUUGAAGAAAGUGCAUUAAUGGGAAAGGCUUACAAAGGAAAGCUCAUGCGGUCCAACCAACAAAUUGAUAUUGUAGCACAGAGGUUUGAUCAUGAGCAUAGGGACAGAGUUACUGAGUUCCUGAAGGAGAUUUUAAAACUCAAGCAUAAAAAUCUUGUCUCUAUGUUUGGGUUUUGUGAUGAAGUUGGCAUGAUCAUCAUAUACCAUGAGGCAAAGGGAAGUCUCGACACAUUUCUACGAAACCCGGAGCUAACAUGGAUGAAAAGAUUGCAGAUCUGUGUUGGUGUUGCGUACGCCUUGAGUUACAUUUAUUGUGAUAAUCCACGCGAUUUUAGCGUCAUACGUUGUGAUAUCGGGAGUUCAAAGAUUUUGUUAGAUGACAACUGGGAACCAAAACUAUCUGGUUUUGAACUUUCCCAGAAGCAGACAGCAGCUCAAAGGAAUGAAAGCUUAAUGAGUUCGUUUGGCAAAGUAUUAAUUGAAGUACUAUGCGGAAACAUGGAUGUGGGUAACGCGUCAUUUGGUGCAUUGUUCAUAUCCAAAUAUGAAGAGACAAGACUAGAUGGUAUGAUUGAUCAGGGUCUAUGGAAACAAAUGGAUCCACAAUCGUUUCGAAUCUUCUCAGAAAUAGCAUACUACUGCUUGAAGGAAAAGCCAUCACAAUGCCCAAACAUAGGGGUGGUUGUCAUGGAACUUGAGAAAACGGUGGAAUCUCAAUGGAGACAUGAACGUGCUUUGAUAUCACAUGUUUCCGUUGAAGGCACAACUUCCAAGAACCUGGAGGUAAUUAAUUUCUUUUCGUUUUAUAGGUAAUUUUGAUAAAUACAUAAGGGACUAAUAAUG